UUCAUUUUUAGCUAGUACCUUCUUCUUCUUCUGCAUUUCGUCCAGAAACCGCCGCUGUCCGUCUUUGCCACCUUCCUUGCUGUUUUUCUUCUGUAACAAUGGCCACUGUUAUGCAAAAGAUCAAAGACAUCGAAGAUGAGAUGGCAAGGACUCAAAAGAACAAAGCAACAGCUCAUCAUCUGGGGUUGCUCAAGGCUAAACUUGCAAAGCUACGAAGAGAACUCCUUACACCUUCAUCAAAAGGAGGAGGUGGUGCAGGUGAAGGUUUUGAUGUUACCAAAAGUGGAGAUGCAAGAGUUGGCCUGGUAGGUUUCCCUUCAGUGGGGAAAUCUACUCUUCUUAACAAGUUGACGGGGACAUUUUCAGAGGUUGCUUCCUACGAAUUUACUACAUUAACUUGUAUUCCAGGUGUGAUCGUGUAUAGAGGGGCUAAAAUCCAGUUGUUGGAUCUUCCGGGUAUUAUCGAAGGUGCUAAAGAUGGAAAGGGUAGAGGAAGACAGGUCAUCAGCACUGCUAGGACAUGCAAUUGUAUUUUAAUCGUUCUUGAUGCAAUAAAACCAAUAACUCACAAGCGUCUUAUUGAGAAAGAGCUUGAAGGAUUCGGUAUAAGGUUGAACAAGGAACCGCCUAAUCUGACAUUCAGAAAGAAAGAUAAGGGUGGUAUUAAUUUCACCUCUACUGUUGCAAAUACUCACCUGGACCUUGACACUGUAAAAGCAAUAUGUAGCGAAUACAGAAUUCACAAUGCUGAUAUCACUCUGAGGUUUGAUGCAACUGCUGAUGAUCUAAUCGAUGUCAUAGAAGGCAGUAGGAUAUAUAUGCCUUGCAUCUAUGUAAUAAACAAGAUUGAUCAGAUCACACUUGAAGAAUUGGAGAUAUUGGAUAAACUUCCUCAUUACUGCCCAAUCAGUGCUCACCUGGAGUGGAACCUGGACGGUCUCCUUGAGAAGAUAUGGGAGUAUCUCAAUUUAACUCGCAUAUAUACGAAGCCAAAAGGGCUGAAUCCAGACUAUGAAGAUCCUGUUAUCCUGUCAUCAAAGAGAAGGACGGUUGAGGACUUCUGCACUCGAAUUCAUAAAGACAUGCUUAAACAAUUUAAGUUUGCACUUGUAUGGGGGUCAAGCGUAAAACACAAGCCUCAAAGAGUUGGCAAGGAUCAUGAACUCGAGGAUGAAGAUGUUGUUCAGAUUAUCAAGAAAGUGUGAGCUUCGAAUAUCGGAAUUCAUCACCGAACUCUUUACCAUGAUCGUGUUUUAAGAAUUCCAUCUGUACUCAUCAUGCAAAAAAUUGUCAGCUGCCUACGUUGUCCCGCUUGAAAUAUGGUAAGACGAGACAGGCUGAUUGUAUAAAAAGAGCCAUUUUGUUGCAAAGCUCUUUCGAUCC